GAGCGGGAGCGGGCUGGUGGCGGCGGCGGCCCGCGACCCCCCAGCCCCGAGCCCCAGCGGCACCAUGGCCUUCCGAGGGAUCCGGGCCGGGGGGCGAGGGAGCAACCACGCCGAAGAUCAUGGCAAAAAGCAGAGUUCAAGUUGGGUUAACGGCAUGGAGAGCAGUAGCCACCACCACCACCACCAGCAGCCUGGACCGUCGGGGGAGAAGAGAAACCACCACUGGAGAAGUUACAAGUUGAUUAUUGACCCCGAGCUGAAGAAGGGGCAACAUAAACUCUACCGUUACGAUGGACAGCAUUUCAGCAAGGCUACUCAGUGCUUUCUGUCGGUGAAAAUCGAGGACCCUAGAGUCAGAAGGACAUGGACAAAAACCAAGGAAUUGGAACUUCGUGUCCCCAAAUUCAAGAUCGAUGAAUUCUACGUCGGGCCGGUGCCUCCCAAGCAGGUGACUUUUGCCAAACUGAAUGACAACAUCAGGGAAAACUUCCUGACGGACAUGUGCAAGAAAUAUGGGGAGGUGGAAGAGGUGGAGAUCCUUUACAACCCCAAGAACAAGAAACAUUUGGGCAUUGCCAAGGUGGUCUUUGCCACCGUAAAGGGGGCUCGGGAGGCUGUGCAACAUUUACAUAACACCUCGGUCAUGGGCAACAUCAUUCACGUGGAGCUGGACACGAAAGGCGAAACUCGAAUGCGAUUCUACGAGUUGCUGGUGAAUGGCCUCUACACCCCCCAGACCCUCCCAGUGGGCCUUGAGCUGGACACCUCCCCCACAGUGAAUAAAACUUUGCAGUUAACAGAUCCCUUGAAGCGCUUGAAGGAUGGUAGCGGCUCCUCGGCAUCGGUCACUCCCAACAGCAGCACGCCUUUCUCCCAUGACACCGCCUAUUCCAGCAGCCGCCUGGACACCCCCAACUCCUACAGCCAGUGCACGCCCCUCACCCCCCGCCUGGGCACCCCCUUCUCUCAAGACUCCAGCUAUGCCAGCCGCCAGCCCACGCCAUCUUACCACUACAGCCAGGACUCGGCCUACAAGGCCCGUCGUCACGAGACCAAGUUCACGGAUGCCUAUAAUCGCCGGCAUGAGCAUCACUAUGUCCACAACUCAUCCGGAGCCUUCCGAUCCUCCUCCGAGCACACAUUUGGUGCUGCUGCCACCACUGCUGCUGCUGCCACCGCCACUGCCGCCACCUCCAGCAGCGGGGGCGGUGGGGGUGGGGGAAGCGGCUCCUAUAAGCCCCAUGUCCAGCCAGAGGCUCCCCCACAGUAUUCUCAUACUCCCCCUUCUGCACCCCUGGGCCACACUAGCUCCAACUACAAGUCAGCCUUCUCCCCGUAUCAGGCUCCAACCCUGUUUGCCCCACACCCAGAGGAGCCAGCAACUAUGCCAAACUUUGCCCAGGGGGGCCGGGACAGCGGGGAGUACCGCCGGGCACAGCCCCCGGCGGAGCCCCCAGCCGUUGUCGCCCCUCCGGCCAAAGAGAGACCUGAGACCCCCCCUGGGCCACCGCCCCCGCCUCCACCCCCUGAGCUGAACAGCCUGGAGCCCGGUGGUGGCCCCAACUUUGGUUGGAGUCCUGAGCGGUGUAACAGCCCCGGGACUCCCACCCUGGAGUCUUCUCCAUCAUCCUCUGAGAAGCCCCAUGACAGCUUGGACUCCCGCAUCGAGAUGUUACUGAAGGAGCAGAGAACCAAGCUCCCUUUCCUGCGGGAGCAUGACUCGGACACGGAGCUGCGCAUGGAGGGCAGCCCCAUCUCCUCUUCCUCCUCCCAGCUGUCCCCGCUGCCUGCCUUUAGCUCCAAUUCCCAGCCAGGCUUCCGAGGCCAGACCCCCUCCUCCCGCCCCUCCAGCACAGGCCUGGAGGACAUCAGUCCGACCCCCCUGCCCGACUCCGACGACGAGGAGGACUUGGGCCUGGGCCCCCGCCCGCCACCGGAGCCAGGCCCCCCUGACCCAGCUGGUCUUCUGGGCCACGGGGCUGAGACAGCCAAGGACAUGCCUGGGGAGAGGACGCCCACCUCAGAGAAGAUGGACGAGGGUCAGCAAUCCUCGGGUGAGGAUAUGGAGAUUUCAGACGACGAGCUGCCCUCUGCGCCUAUCACCAGUGCCGACUGCCCCAAGCCCAUUGUGGUGAACUCAUCAGUCACCACCCCAGCCGUGCUGGCAACGGCCAUCCCGCUGCCACCCCCUGGCUUCCCACCACCACUGCCGCCUCCGCCACCCCCUCCUCCCCAACCUGGUUUCCCCAUGCCUCCCCCGCUGCCCCCACCGCCGCCGCCACCUCCACCCCCCACCCACCCGGCAGUAACGGUGCCGCCCCCACCCCUGCCUGCACCGCCUCCUCCACCAGGGGUGCCCCCACCCCACAUCCUGCCCCCCCUUCCCCCCUUUCCUCCGGGCAUGUUCCCCAUGAUGCAGGUGGACGUGAUGAACGUUCUGGGUGGCCAGUGGGCUGGGAUGCCCAUGUCCUUCCAGAUGCAGACACAGAUGCUUAGCCGAAUGAUGCAGGGUCAGGGUGUGUGCCAAUACCCACCGUUUAUGGGUAGUGGCAUGCAGUUUGUGAAUCUACCCCCGUAUCGGCCCUUCUCCAUGGGCACCACAGUGGGGCGGGGCCAGCAGUGGCCUCCACUGCCCAAGUUUGACCCGUCAGUGCCACCACCAGGCUAUAUGCCCAAGAAGGAAGACCCACACAAGGCAACUGUAGAUGGUGUGCUGUUAGUGAUUGUCAAAGAGCUGAAAGCCAUCAUGAAACGAGACCUGAACCGCAAGAUGGUAGAGGUGGUGGCCUUCCGAGCCUUUGAUGAGUGGUGGGACAAGAAGGAGCGGAUGGCCAAGAUGGUCCCAGAGAAGGGAAGUGAAUUACCCAAGGUCACACAGCAGGUAGCGUCACUGACCCCUGUGAAGUCAGGCGAGCACAAGGAUGAGGAGAGGCCGAAGCCCAAAGACCGCCUCACAUCCUGCCUGCUGGAGAACUGGAGCAAGGGCGAAGGGAUGGGCUAUGAGGGCAUGGGGCUGGGCAUUGGCCUCCGGGGGGCCAUCAGGCUGCCCUCUUUUAAGGUGAAGAGGAAGGAACCGCCAGACCCGGCUUCUACCGGAGACCAAAAGAGAUUGCGGCCCUCCACCUCAGUAGACGAGGAAGAUGAAGAGUCAGAAAGGGACAGGGACAUGUCCGAUGUCCCCUCAGACCUCUCCAAGAAGGACUCAGAUGGCGUCAGUAUCCGGAGGCGGCCGGCCCGGCCCCUGGAGCUGGACAGCGAGGGGGAGGAAGAGGAUGACAAGGAGGAGUCAUCUUCAUCCUCAUCUUCGUCUUCGUCGUCCUCAUCCUCAUCCUCAUCUUCGUCGUCGUCGUCCUCGGAGAAAGAGGAGGAUGAGGAGGACAGGCUAGCCAAGACCUCAUCUGACAAGGAAGAAGAGGAAGAAGAUGAUGAUGUCGAAGAUGAAGAGGAGGAGGAGGAGGAAGGAGAUGAGGAAGAAGAUGAAGAAGAAACAGCUGAAGUGGAGAUAAGUGAGAAGGAGGAGGAACUGGACUCUGAAGGAGACGAUGCUGAAAGCAUGGCCUCUUCCAAGGCAGAGGCCGUGUCCUCUGAAGAAAGUGAGGACUCUUCAGACUAUGAGUCUAGUUCUGAGUCAGAGGAGGAAGAGGAAGAUGAGGAAGAUGAGGAAGAAGAGGAAGAAUUGGAGGCUGAGUCUGAGGAAAUAGAGGACGUGGCAAUGGCUGGGGAUGGCCGAGACCUGCCAGGAGCCGGGGAAGGGGCCAUGGAGGCCGAAGGGCUCGUCCAGGAUGAUGACGAGGUGGUGACCAUCCUGGAGCUGACGCCGGUGGUGGAUGAGCCAGACUUACCAAACUUGGGGGCGGAGGAGACGGCGGGAGUCGGGGAUGCCCCGGAGCUUCCGGGCCUCAAGCAGGUGGGGGAGAUGCUGGCAGAGCUGCCUGCUUCAGCUGGGCCCCAAGAGCCACUGAGGCACCGGACUCCAUCACCUGUGGAUGCUUCAGAGGAAGCAUCAGAGACAGAGCUGGAGCCCGCAGAGAUCCCCAAGGAGAUGACUUUGCUGCAGCUACAGCGACCGCCCAGCCCACCUGGCCUCCCCCCAGAGGCCUCACCUCAACAGGGCGGCUUCCUUCGGGAGGUUGAGGUGGAGGGCCGGCCCCACACCCUAGGCCCUAAGGUGGUCCUUCCUCUGGAGCCAGAGGCCCUGAGGCUUCAGCCUCUGUUCCCUGCCAGGCCCCCCCAGCCUCUGCCUCUCCUGGAAGAGCCCCUCCCUGAAGAACCGCCCCCCCGCACACCGGGCCGGGACCCUCUGGCCAAGUCUCAGAGCACAGAGGUUGUGCCGGCCACGCCGGGCAGCGAGACUCCCCUCACUGCCAGCAGCCUGACCCUCAGCUCCCCCCAGGUUCCCAGCAGCCCCUUUUCCUACCCGGCCCAGUCUCCCGGGCUCAGCGGCGGUGGCAUCCCUAGGACGCCUGGGCGAGACUUUAGCUUCACACCCACCUUUCCCGAGCCCGUGGGGCCCCUGCCGCUGUCUGUCUGCUCCCUCCCACCUGGCAAGAAGCUCCCUGGGGAUGAUCGGCCAGGACCUGGUGUUGCAGCUUCUACCAGCCCCCUGGAGACCAGCUUCCCCCUCCCCGUCUCUCUCCCAGUGCCCCUGUCUGUGCCGGUCCCUCUGCCAGUCCCUCUGCCUCUCCCUCCAGGUCCCCUGCUACCCCGGUCCUCCACCUUGCUACCUCUGCCCUUGACCUUGCCCCUGACUCUGCCCCUGGCCUCCUCCCUAUCCAGCCCGUGCCCUCCUCCCACAAAGAGGAAGCCAGGGAGGCCCAAACGUUCCCCACCAGCUGUGCUCACCCUGGACGUGCCUCCCGGCAGGCUCACUACCUUGCCUCCCGAGGCGGCGGGCCCUAAGCUGCUGCUGCUGGCAGGGCAGCCCCCUGCCGCUGCCUCCUUCCACGGGGCACCAGACCCCCGAGUCGUGACGCUGGACUUCAGGAACGACGGGGGCCUCCCUCCCCCACUGCCGCCCCCGCCACCGCCCCCACCCCCACCCGAGGAGGCCGCCAAGCUCCCUUUCAAAGAGCUUGAGAAUCAGUGGCUGGAAGAGCCGCCUCCCCCCGCCCGAGGGCCAGAGGAGGAAGCGGAGAGCGGUGACGCAGGCGGCUUCAGCAAGCCCAAAUUGCCUUGGCGCCGGCCUCCUAAGAAGCGGCACGAGGACAUGGUCAUACCCCCUCUGCCCCCGCCGUCCCCUGACUUCUCAUCGCCCCAGCGGCCCCUCUUCCGGCCCCGUUCUGAGUUCGAGGAGAUGACCAUCCUCUAUGACAUCUGGAACGGUGGAAUCGAUGAGGAGGACAUCCGCUUCUUGUGCGUCACCUACGAUCGGCUCCUGCAGCAGGACAAUGGCAUGGACUGGCUCAAUGACACACUUUGGGUCUAUCAUCCAUCCACCAGCUUCUCUACCCCCAAGAAGAAAAAGCGAGAGGACGGCAUUCGGGAGCAUGUAACCGGCUGUGCCCGCAGCGAGGGUUACUACAAGAUUGACAAGAAAGACAAACUAAAAUACCUCAACAACAGCCGCGCCUUUGCCGAGGAGCCCCCAGCAGACACCCAGGGCAUGAGCAUCCCUGCCCAGCCACAUGCCUCUACCCGGGCAGGCUCCGAGCGCCGCUCAGAGCAGCGGCGUCUUCUCUCCUCCUUCACAGGAAGUUGUGACAGUGACCUCCUCAAGUUCAACCAGUUAAAGUUCCGGAAGAAAAAGCUGAAAUUCUGCAAGAGUCACAUCCACGAUUGGGGUCUUUUUGCCAUGGAACCCAUUGCAGCCGAUGAAAUGGUCAUUGAGUACGUGGGGCAGAACAUCCGGCAGGUGAUCGCAGACAUGCGGGAGAAGCGCUAUGAGGAUGAAGGCAUUGGGAGCAGCUACAUGUUUCGGGUUGACCACGACACAAUCAUUGAUGCGACAAAGUGUGGCAACUUUGCCAGGUUCAUCAACCACAGCUGUAAUCCAAACUGCUAUGCCAAGGUCAUCACUGUGGAGUCCCAGAAGAAGAUCGUCAUCUACUCCAAACAACAUAUCAACGUCAAUGAAGAAAUCACCUACGACUAUAAAUUUCCCAUUGAAGAUGUCAAGAUCCCCUGUCUGUGUGGCUCUGAAAACUGCCGGGGGACACUAAACUAGAAUACCAGGGAGCUGGGCGUGCUUUGCCAAAAAAAAAGAAAAAGAAAAAGAAAGGGAAACAAAGGAAGACCCCCGUGGUGUGGCCUGGCCCGGCGAGGCACCUUGGGCUCUCCCCAGCCCACACUCAGGUGCUGUCCCCUCUCCCCAGGCCCAGCUCUGGGCCACCCCAACACUACCCACCCUCCCUCUUGAGUCCUCUCUACCUCCUUUCUUCCUCCUCUUCCUCCUCCUCUUGGGACAAGAUGUUCCCUCCCUCUCUGAUUUUUUAAUGAUUAUUUUUAAUGAAUUUUUUAAAAGUCAUUCAAACACAUACCCUCUCCCACAAAUGCUGCUAUGUCUUUUUCCCUCCUCCUUAAAAGAACAAGGACAAAAAAGACAUUCUCGCCAUUCAGAUGUGGAGCCAGAGAUGGAGGAGAAAUACUAUGCUUUUUGGAAGAGAGAUUCGGGUACUGAGAUUGGAGGAGGAGGAGGAAGAGCAGGGAUUUGGGGGGGGAAGGCUUGGGUGUCAAGACAAUGGCUGUUGGCUCCCUGUCCCUCGGUAUGUUUUGGGAGCCCUCCCUUCUCUCCCCACCCCCACCAGUGUUCAGUUCUUUAAGACCUUGCCCCACCCUUCAGUCCCUCAAUGUUACCUUGGGAUGCAGAGGAGGGGCAGGGAGAGGGGCAAAGCCACCCAUUCUACUCCUCCAUAACACUAUUCCUCUGGGUAUCACCCAACGGUUGGCUAGGAGGCACUUGGUUAGGACAAGUCUCCGGUAGGGGAAGGGCUCUGGACAAGUGGGGCCUUGUAGCCUUUGUUCCUCAGUGCCCUAGACAUUCUCUGCCUCAGUCUUGGGGAGCAGGGAUAUACCAAGAGCCAAUGGUUAGUUUUCUGCCCUACUCCCCACCCCAGUGUCUUUUCCAUUCUCUUACCCUCCCCCAAACUCUUCCCCCACUCCCCAGGUCCUCCAUUUGUUGGGAUGGCCUUCAGUGCCCACUCACUCUUCCCCUCCCUCCCCAGGUCUGAGCUGGGGCCCUCCCCCAGCUGUUCAUGUGGGGUUGGGAAGGGCUGGUCUGCUUGGCUUUUACUCUCUCUCUUUCUCUUUUUCUUGAUCUGUCUUCCUUCCCUGGUGCUGGGGAGCCAGGCAGGUGCUACGUAAAUGUUGGGAAGUGGGACAGAACUGGGCGUGGGGGAGCCUGGCUUCUCAGACCAUGUUCCCUGCUCUUGCCUCCACCUCCCACCCCACGGCCACCCCUGGGAGAUAGCAGGGGGCACGCCUGGAUCUCUCAAAUGUUUACUUUCUCAUUCAGAUGCCAGCAAGAAAGGGGGUGAGACAGAGUGCUCAGGGUGAGGAAGGAGACCUUCAGAAGGGAACCAAGCCCUCCCCCAAGGCCAGCGGUCUGCCCCUCGAUAGCCAGCAGCCAGGGCAGGACCCUUUAGGUGCUGUGUAGUUUACUCCCCAAGAGCCUAGGGAAGGGCAGGGGCUCCCUCCCAGUGCUUGGCUCGUCCAGGCUGGAUUCUUCCCUGGGAGAUACAGUGGAAACCCAGGGGAGAAGAGGCCCCAGGAUUUCUCCCCAAGGCUAAUGUGCUUCCUCCCCUCAAUCCUUUUCCUGUAGCUCUUCUUCCUUUCUCUGCCAUUACGGGUUGUCUUUUACGGUAGGUGUUUCUCUUUCAGAAGACACACCACAAAACUUUCAUCUGCUCUCUGCUGGGAUCCCUGGGCCCCGGGGGAUGCCACUGGGCUUCCCUCACCUCACCCUGUCCAUCCAUCCAUCCGUCCGUCUGUCCGUCCGUCUGUCCUACUUACCGCCAGCCUGUUCACUUCCCUGUCUCUAGCCAGGAUCCCCAGGGUGGACCAGGGAGGGAUGGGAACCCAUCUUGAAGAUAUUUAUAUUGAAAAAAAAAAAGCAGUUUCGUUUUCUCCCAUGAGGAAGGAAAAAGAAAACAAUUUUAAAAUAUUGGACGGAAGUGUCCAGUAGCUUUCAGUAGGCGUGUCCCCAUUCCCACCCCCAAAACCUUCAGGAUUCAUUUCAAUGCUUUUUGUGUAUAGAACAGGAAAGACUAUUUAAAAAAAAAAAAAAAGGACCCAUGAAAAAAACCACAAGCAUUUCGGAGUUCCAGAU